AUGGCAUUAUUAGUGGAAUCACGGUCGUUUCGGCCGUUCAAGUCCAGUGAAGAAUAUCUUUACGCUAUGAAAGAGGAUUUAGCUGAAUGGCUGAAUGGUUUAUAUCCUGAGCUCUACAUAAACGUAAAUAACUUCAUGGAUAGACUUGAUACCGGCGUGGCUUUGUGCAAGCAUUCCAACUGUGUAAGGAACUAUGCAGAGGAACACGUGAAUCGAAGACAAGCGGCUGGGAAAUCUAAUAUAAGCGGCAUUGCGAGCAUAGUUCUUCAAUUACCAGCUGUACGAUAUUUACCCGGCGCUAAAGGUGGUACGUUUUUUGCUAGAGACAAUGUUUCCAAUUUCAUAAAUUGGUGCAGAAACGGACUUGGAGUGUUCGAGUGUCUGCUGUUUGAAACAGAUGAUCUUAUAAUGCGAAAAAAUGAAAAACACGUGAUCUUGUGUUUAUUAGAGGUCGCUAGACGUGGUGCUAGAGUUGGUGUACCAGCUCCGAUGUUAGUACAAAUGGAAAGACAGAUUGAUCGGGAAAUCGCUGCAGAUAAAAAGUAUGCUCAAUUUUCACAAGGAACUGACUUUAAUGAUGGUGACGAUACAGAUUUGAGUGACGGCGAAGACCUAACUGAAUAUGCGCCAUUGCCUCAAAUUGUUACUAAUGAUUUAAAAAGUUUGGAUGAAAUGGUACGGGAUCUUGUGGAGAGGUGCAAGUGUCCGACCCAGUUCCCAAUGAUCAGAGUGUCCGAAGGAAAAUACCGUAUCGGCGAUACUAAAGUCUUGAUAUUUGUCAGGAUACUGAGGAGUCACGUUAUGGUCAGAGUGGGCGGAGGCUGGGACACACUGUCUCAUUACUUGGACAAACACGACCCGUGCCGAUGCAAAACUGCUCAUCGAGCCCCGGUGUCUGCGAAACUGACGGGUGUCAGGAGCGGCGGGCCCACGUUGGAAAUAUCGCACGCCCAAGUACACUACGAAAGAUCACCGCCGAGAACACGACGCUCGUCCACGUCCAGCACGGGCAGCAGCGGUAACGGUGGUUACUCCGGCGGCCUGAGCCUGACAUCCGGAGGCCUGGCCACGGCCAAGAGGGCGAGCCGCCGCCGGAGCCGAUCGCCGUCCCCUCGGCCGACCGCUAAACUGAGCGCACCCGUGGAUGCGGGCCGCCGGAGCAGAAGUCCCACUCCUCGACGGGCCACCGACCACUUGGCCGUGGCCAACGCGGGCUGCAGGUCCAGGUCGGUGACGCCCAGCGGGAGACGUGCACGGCGGUCCGCGUCACCUUCGUCCGCGGCCGUUAACGGCGGCGGCGAACGUCUGCUGCAUGUGCCAAACGGACAGCGACAGUCCUGCAACGACCGCAGCCGUUCGCCGUCGGCGGCGCGCCAGCGAAGCGGAGUGGACGACACCCCGACGCCGAAGAUAUCGUUGAACUUCACGCCGGAACUGGCCGCCGAGUUGGGUGACCGGUUGCAACGAUCCUCCAGAGAGUCAUCCGUGGACAUAGUACAGCAGCGCGAGACCGGAAAAACGGGCGACUGCGACGACGACGACUGCGACGAUGACGACGACGACGACGAUGAUGUGACUGUGGACACGUCGUCCACGUGCCGUGUGUCGGAUAACUUCCGUGGCACCGGACAGUACCACGUGCUGAACCCCAUGCCCGUGACGGCCAUUGGCGAGAGGCGGCACUCGACCGUCAGGGAGGAAGAGUCCGUGGUGGACACGACGCCGUUCAGCCGCGUGUCGGACAGCCUGAGGGUGGCCGCAUACGAUAGUCCGCCGUCGGCUGGUCGGAAAAAGUCCCAAACGGCCCGCGGGGACGUGAAGAAGUCGGAACCGGUCGGCACGGACAGCGGCUCGGAAGUGUCGGACGAGGGCUACAGGAGCCUGGGAGUGGUAGCUUCGCCGCCGUUCAACUCUAACGUGAAACACGUGCAAAAAUCAAACGGCACGCCACCAGUUACUCGAGUGACGCGGCCACCUCGAAGUCGUUCGGCGGGCGGCAAGGAUACGCCCAGCCCGCAACAGUCGCCGUUCCGCCGGAACCGUUCCACCACCCAGUCGUCGAGACACCAGCAGCCAACGCCAGCGCCGGCGUUCGGACGGUCGCAGACGCCGACGCCGAGCCGCCGGUCACCCGCACCGUAUUCGGACGGCGGCCACCACCAACCGCCGUUUUCGACGUCGUCGACGCCGGCCACGCCGAUGCUGGGCCGGAACAACACGUGGAACGCGGCCGGUGGCCGGCACUGGUCAUCCAAACAGCGGCCGCAACUGUCGGCCGACACGUUCUGUCAACAAGUGGCCGACAUCAUCAACCGGUACGCAGUGAUGGCGCCCAGUCCCCGGAAAGACUCGAAACCCGAUUCGCCGAUCGUCACCAGGAUACCGGCGCCCGUCCAAAGGACUUGA